AUGUCCGCCGACUCAACCAUCAACACCUCCACGGGCCAGCACUCCGUGGAUCCCUACAAAACACAGAACUUCGAGAAUCCACCAAUGACCCAGAAGAUUGAGGACCUAGUCAACUUCAUCUCGGAAAUCAAGUUCGGCAUGUUGACUACCAUGCAGUCGAAUGGGGAUCUUUUGGUCUCGCGCUGCAUGGCACUAGCCGCAAAGGAACAUGGCGGCAUCGACCUAAUCUUCCACACAAACCUCUUCUCCGGCAAAACAAUGGACCUCACAACUCACCCCAGAGAAACAAACAUGUCCUUCCUCGACCCGAUCAGCGGCGGCUGGGCCAGCAUCUCCGGAUCCGCCAGCGUGCUCGCCGACCCAGAAACUGUGGAAAAAUACUACUCGCCCGCUUUAAAGGCUUGGCUGGGCGACAUGGGCGACGGGGUGCACGAUGGCGGGCCCACGGAUCCACGCAUUGGUGUCAUUCGGUUGGAGGCGAAGCUGGCGACGCAUGUUGCGUCGAAGAAGGGGAUUUUGGGGCGUGCGGUUGACACGGUCAAGGGGGCUGUUAAAGGGGAUGUGCCCAGUAUUAAUUCUAUUAGGGAGAUUACGGAGGAGGAGUUUGCGGAGUGGAGGAGGAGCCAUUGA